AUGAGCUCUGUGUACGAAUGGUCCGAGACCGAGAGUCAGAGCGAGGAUGAGUCUGUAGUUGUCGAGCGCAAGAUUCCUGUUCUCUCGAUUACCCGGAGAAUUCUGAUCAAUCUGGCGAUUCCUUUCAUCAACGGCAUUAUGCUCGGCUUUGGCGAGAUCUUUGCCCACGAAAUUGGGGUUGCCUACGGCUGGAGGCAAAGCAGAACAUAUGACCCCACCAGCCCAUUGUACGCGAACCGGCGUCGUUGGUUGUGGUUUUUCUGA